AUCUCACAGAAAAAAAAAUUGUGGAGUCGAGCAAUACUGAUUUUUCUGCUAGUAAAAAUAAUUGAGACUUCACUUGUCAGAUAAAUCUGAUCUUGAUUUAGAAGUGCUGUUUCUUGUAUUUCUUGCUGCCUCAUUUCAUGGCUUAACGCAGUAGUUCCCAACGUUUUAUGGAUCGUGACUCCAUUUUGGAGACUUUUAGCACCACUCAUGACCCCGCUGUUUAUCAUUUUAAAAUAGUGUUAUUUUUAUUGGUAGAUUCCAUAUCCUAUUGUGACCAAACAAUUCAUGCACAAGAAAGUGAAAAUACCUUGUGAAUAUAUGCUCAUCAGGUUAUGAAAUUAGAGAGAACAGGAAUUUUUUGUAAAUUAAAAUGAAAUCAGUUUUUGCCCAGCAUAGUGGCCCCCCUCCAAAAGCUCUGUGGCCCCUUUGGGGGUGGGGGAGGGGGCACUGGGUUGAGUUGAAGUCAAUUCGCACCAGGCCCAUUUUUUGAAAUAUUACUCUAUUUUUGCUCAAGGAUUACAAUGAUUAAUUUAUUGAAAUAUAUUUCAUGUUUGUUUCAAAGUAAGAGAAUAUAUAAAUAGAAACAUUGUUAUUAAAAAAUUGUAUUUUUCUUUUUCUCUUAGAUGCGUUAUAAUAUAUAUGUAGCAAAAAUAUUUCUUUUAUUAUCAAUAUUCUCAUGUCUAUUCAGUCUUACAUUUUUAAUAAGACGUUCAAUUUCGAUAUUGGCUGAAAAUGUGUGGAUGAUUCCAAUUUUUGCUUUUGGGUUGUUGAGCGUUCCUUAUGUCACCUAUGCUGUAAGAGCCUAUGUUGAAGUAAUAUGGAAUGCAUAUGUACUCGAUCUAAUUGGAAGGAAAAGAUUUGGUUUGAUGAAAGAACAUGUUUAUUCAAGUAUUGUCCUCCCAAGUGAUUGUGAUAUAUACAACCAUAUGAACAAUUCACGCUACUCUCGCGAAGCUGACUUUGCUCGAACACGAUGGUACUGCGAUACUGGACUGUUACGUUUCAUGCAAAAAACUGGAAAAUAUCUGAUAAUGACAGCAUCUACUAUCAGAUACAGAAGAUCUCUGGAAGUUUUUCAGAGUUUUACUAUAGCUACAAAAAUAAUUUACUGGGAUGAACGAAACAUCUAUUUACAACACAAAUUUCUGACCGGCUCAAACUUUGUAAAAUCAAUUAUUAUAACUAGGAUGAGAGUACUAGCACAAAAUAAAAGUGCUGAAGAAUUCCUGCAGGAAUUUUUAGGAACGUCAUCUACGCUCGAGAAAUCUCCACUGUCUGCCGAAUUGAAGCAUUAUUUGAAUUAUUUAGAAACGUGCAGUAAUAAUUUAAGACCAUCAAGUUCAUUUGUAAUACCAAAGUAGACUCCUUUACUUCUGAGUGAAAGUAACAUUACUCAGAGAUAAGUAAGUCUCUUUUACUUCUAGGCAAGUGCCCGUAACUUUGCAUUUAAAGUUUGAGAACCAGUCAUCUACAGUUUUGGUUUAAUUUAUUUCAAAUAUAUAUCCUAAAUCAAUCUGAUGGACACCAGAAGCAUGAUAAAUUUCUAAGUUAACAUAGAGCAUAAUUUCACUGUUACAUGAAAAAUUUUCUAAGAGAAAACUGUACUUUCAACUACGGUAUAUAAAUCCCCAAGUACAUGUUUAAAUGAUGUUAAUUUUGAAUUUUGUCUAAAUUAAGUUUGUUAUAAUAUAUCCUUUAUAUUAAAUUACACUGUUGUAGAGCUUAUGAGCAAAAUCUAUUCUACCAGGCAUUUUUCUAAUUUUAUCAAACAUUUAUAUUUUGUCUAAGUCAGUAUUGUCAACUUAAAAAUAUACUGCAUAUUAAUGAUUUUAUGAUAAUCUAACUUUUCAAACAAACUUUCUUAGGCGCAACAGAAGUGUUCGCCUACUUUUA